AUGAAGCGCAAACAACAGGCGUCACUCCGACACGGACACAAUGAUGAGACCAGUACAUCCAACCGGUUCGACAGAGUCAAGGUCAGAGGCAAGAAAAUAAAGACUAGUAUUUUUGGCCCUCAGCCAACUCGACCGCCAUUUCAUUUGGGUUUUACAGAAACGGAUGUGCCACAAUUAUUCUGUCAAUUGGAUGUACUUCGUCGAUCUGAAGAAGCAGAAUAUGCCUAUUGGAAAGAGAAAGCACGUUGGGUACGUUUCGAAGAAAUAGCAGAAAGUGUUCUUGGUCGUUGGUCGAAACCACACGUGGCAACAUUGAUGCAAACAGCUUUGCUAGAUUUGAAGAAUUUAAUAUCGUCCGGAAUUAUUUUACUUAACGUUCAACCAAUUGAUUUAGCAUUUCUUUCACAAACGAUUGUUCAAGCAUUGAUCGACGCUCAAUAUCUUGAUGAUACGGCCCAUGCGCAAAAGCUUAGUUGGAUUCUUGGUUUGCCGCAUUUUCAUCAUCAUGAGAAACGUUCUGUAACAAAAACGGCGAGUUCUAUCAGUUUAACAAAACAAGGUCUUCAUGCAAGUCCAAGUUUUGUCAUCAGCAGUCUUUCCCGACGAGGUUUGUUUAAAGCUCUGCGAGCUUUCGGCAUAAAUUCUAUUUUUCCAACAGAUGAUGAAUCGGAUACCGCUCAAGAUAUGUCAGCACCGCGUUUGAUUAAUAGUAAACCGUCAAAUCAAGAUAUGGUAUUGACCGAACGUGACGAUUUGAGUACACCAACAACACCGUCCGCCAAGGAUUAUAAUACAAAAUUACAACGAAAACUCAGCCGAAAAACAGAAGGUGCAUCGAUUUUAAUAUGUCCAGUCGAUUUUGUUAAAGAACAAACCAUUGUCUUCGUCCGUUUGGAAAACGCUAUUGAAUUACUAGGAAUGCUUGAAAUCAAACUCUACUCUCGUUUUAUCGUUCUUCUCAUUGGCCCUGAGGAAAGCGAAAAACAACUAUUACAAAUCGGACGAACAAUGGCAACGAUUUUAACUGAUGAUAUCUGCAGAGAGUUUGCAUACACAGCUAGAUCUUCGGAAGACGUUAUGCAAAUGAUGGAUCGAUUUAUGCAAGAUACAUAUGUUAUUCCACCGUCAGAAUGGGAUCCAUCAAUUCGUAUUGAGCCACCACCGAAAUACAUGAGCAAAGAAGAACGACAAUCUCAAGCACCCGAUGAGAAAGCAGGACAAGUCGAAGAGAUUGAUUUAACUCCACAUGCGGAUCCGAAUUUAGUAGCAUCGAAAAGGCCGUUUUACGGUCUUUUUGUCGAUAUACGAAAUAAACUGCCGUUUUAUCCGUCGGAUUUCACGGAUUGUGCUAGUUUACAAUGUAUAGCUGCUACACUCUAUCUCUAUCUAGUAUGUCUUUGCUCAGUAGUAGCAUUUGGUGGCAUGCUCGGUGCGGCAACAGAUAAUUACAUGGCUACAAUGGAAUGUAUUCUCGCCGCGUCAAUUAGUGGUGUUCUGUACGCACUGUUUUCUGGUCAACCGCUAAAUGUUCUUUCAGCAACGGGUCCGAUGUUAAUCUUAGAGCGUAUUAUCGAACAUCUUUGCAAGGAUCAUAAGAUCAAUUUUCUCGAAUUUCGCUUAUGGAUUGGCGUUUGGAUCUUUUGUCUCUUAUUUAUCUUUGUCGCAUUCAAUCUGAGCUUCCUCGUCAAAUACAUUACACGUUUUACCGAAGAUUGUUUUGCAUCGUUAGUUGCUCUAAUCUUCAUCUAUGAUGCCAUACGAGAAAUAUUCGGUCUUCGAAAGAAAUAUCCAAUUAAUUACGAUGCUGAUGUGCCAUUAAACUAUACGUGUUUGUGUACGUUUAAUACAACUCAGAAGAAAAUAUGGACAACCAUUCUUGGUGCUAAUAGCUCUUUAUUGAAUUCUACAACAUUGAAUGAAACUGGUAAAAUGGCGUGCAAAAAUGUCGGUGGACAGAUUUCUGGUCCAGGUUGCUCAUUACCAGCUUAUGAACCAAAUGUGUUCUUGUUUUGCGUACUUCUUUUUCUUUUUACUUUCUUCAUUUGUAUGACUUUGCAAGAAUUUCGACAGAGCUCAUUCUUUCCAACGAAAAUUCGAACAAUUCUUGGCGAUUUUUCUGUCUUAAUCGCUAUUGUACUUAUGUCAGCGUGGGAUACAUAUCUGCAUCUGAAUACACCGAAAUUAAAAGUACCAACGGAACUUAAACCAACGCGACCAGACGAGCGUGGAUGGCUGAUACCAUUUUUCGGUCAGAAUCCCAUUUGGACAAUACCGAUAGCCAUCAUUCCAGCUCUGAUUGCCACUAUAUUGAUAUUUAUGGAUCAACAGAUCACGGCUGUUAUCAUUAAUCGAAAAGAGUUUAAAUUAAAGAAAAAACUUGGUUAUCACUUGGAUCUGUUUGUUCUAUCGAUCUCAAUUCUACUUCAGUCAUUGCUUGGUUUACCUUGGUUUGUCGCAGCAACAGUACUGGCAUUGACACAUGUCAAUGCACUGAAAAUCAUGAGCGAGAAUACAGCUCCAGGAGAAAAACCGAGAUUCGAAGGAAUUCUAGAACAACGCGUCAGUGCACUUCUCAUGGCCAUAUUAACUGGACUUAGUGUAUUUUUCACAAAAAUCCUCAGUUUUAUUCCAAUGCCGGUUCUUUACGGUGUAUUUCUGUUUAUGGGUGUUUCGGCUCUUCGUAACAUGCAAAUUUUCGAUCGAGUCUUAUUGAUAUUUAUGCCUCAAAAACAUCAACCUGAUCAUCCAUAUUUACGUCAUGUUCGUAUCAGUCGUGUUCACUUGUUCACAGGUAUCCAGAUAAUCUCACUCGCUGGAAUGUUUGCCGUCAAAAGCGUGAAAUCAAUCGCUAUCGGUUUUCCAUUAUUGGUCCUUGCAACAUGUUUCGUGCGUAAACUAAUGGAUCGGGUAUUUACACAAGAAGAACUUUUCUGGUUGGAUGAUAUUCUACCAGGCAAGAACAUGGGUCGCGUUCGUCGUUUAUCUGCGACACGAAAUGUUCAUAUACCGAAAUCAGCAAGCGAUAUUCGAAAUGACGAAUCGUUAACACCUGCGCUAGAUAGCCUUGAUAUGAAUCCGUUUCGAAACACAACAAAUAAUUUGCGAAGUAUCGAUGAGGUUAUAAAAGAUUCAUCAGAGAAACAAAAUUAUAUGGAUAAUUCUCAUUCACCAACAAGUGAUUCCGAUCCAUCACGCACCCCAUUGAUUUUCGUCACAGAAGCUAAUGCACCUGAUGAAACAGCGCUAGAUUCAAAUGAAGAAACUGAACAUCUAGUGAAUCGCGAACUUUCAUCUGGUCAAUAUGGUGAUGUUAAUGGAACUGUGAGAUAUAAACCUGGUGCCACAUCGGUAUAA